AUGUCUGACCCUGAGCAGCAGGAUGAAACUUAUGAUAUGUACGACGAGUUUGAUUGUGAGGUCGAAGAAGGGGCCAAGACAAUGGUGGUAAAAGAAGAAGAAGAUUCGGAGACUGAUUGCUAUGUUUUGGAAAGUGAUCAAUCAGAAGGAAAUGAUUUAGUGAUUAAAACUGAAGAUCAGAAUGAAACUUUAAUUGAUAUGUACGAUGAUGAGUUUCAUGAGCGUCUGGAACAGGAUUUUUAUGCCAACAAGAAUGUCAACGAAGCGAGUGAAACAGUGAGCGUCAACGAAGAACACGAAACGGAUUCGGAUGCCACUGAAAUUGAUGAGGAUGGUUAUGCAGCAGUCAGUGAACCUCAGCAAAACACCGAGCCAGUGGUCAAUCGUAGCUCGAGCAAUGCAUCUGGUGAACAACAGCGGAAUGGUCGUCGGAGAAGAGCUAAAAAACAAAAGUGUCAGCAGUGCGACAAAAGCUUUCCAACUCUAUCUAAACUGAAGCAACACCAACUAGUGCACAAUGGCAUUCGAGCUUACAAGUGCCCAACAUGCUCCAAAUCAUUUGCGCGAAAGGAUCAUCUCAAGCGACACCAGCUUGUUCACACAGGCAUUAAAGCGCACAAGUGCCCAACAUGCUCCAAAUCAUUUGGGUUAAAGACUAAUUUAGUAAAACACCAACUAGUGCACACUGGCAUUAAAGCGCACAAGUGCCCAACAUGCUCCAAAUCAUUUGGGGAGAAAAGUGAUGUUACAAAACAUCAAGUGGUGCACACUGGCAUUCGAGCUUACCAGUGCACAACAUGCUCUAAAUCAUUUGGGCACAAGAGUAAUCUCAAGAAACACCAACUUGUUCACACUGGCAUAAGGGCUCACAAGUGUACGAUUUGCUCCAAAUCAUUUGGGCAGAAGAGUAAUCUCAAGCUACACCAGCUUGUCCACACUGGCAUCAAAGCGCACAA